CCAACCCAGAGCCGAGCGGCUACGCCACGUUCCACUCUUCCACUCGCGACUCGGCCACCCGCCUACUCGUUUGCGCCUCCCUAACCUCACGUAAGAGUCUCUUCAUGACGGAAGGACCAGAGAUCAGAAUCCGCACAUAGUUCCAAGCACAGGGCCGGCUCCACGGCGGAAGCCUCACCGCCUAUCCCGCGUGCCACCGGCGCCACCCGCUUGGAUCCGGGGACGCAGGAGGGCACGGCCCUGCCUUUCCUGCUGACCUCCAGGGCGCACGGCCCGAGUCGGCCCCGGGAGCAGAGGCCAGCAGGCGGGCAACUGCGGGCAGAGGACCGUGGGGCCAUGAAUGAUUUCGCAAUCAAGAACAUGGACCAAGUGGCCCCUGUCGCUAACAGUUUUCGAGGGACACUCAAGCGCCAGCCAGCCUUUGACACCUUUGAUGGUUCUCUGUUUGCUGUGUUCCCCUCUCUCAGUGAAGAGCAGACACUCCAAGAAGUGCCCACAGGCUUGGACUCCGUCUCCCAUGAUUCAGCCAGCUGUGAACUGCCCUUGCUCACGCCCUGCAGCAAGGCAGUGAUGAGCCAAGCCUUAAAAGCCACCUUCAGUGGCUUCCACAAGGAGCAACGGCGUCUUGGCAUUCCCAAAAACCCCUGGCUUUGGAGUGAGCAGCAGGUGUGCCAGUGGCUGCUGUGGGCCACCAAUGAGUUCAGCCUGGUGAACGUGAAUCUGCAGCGGUUUGGCAUGAAUGGCCAGAUGCUCUGUAACCUCGGCAAAGAGCGCUUUCUGGAGCUGGCACCUGACUUUGUGGGUGACAUCCUCUGGGAACAUCUGGAGCAGAUGAUCAAAGAGAACCAAGAAAAGACAGAAGACCAAUAUGAAGAAAACUCACACCUCAACGCGGUCCCUCAUUGGGUCAGCAACAAUACAUUAGGUUUUGGCAUGGAACAGGCUCCGUAUGGAAUACAGGCACCAAGCUACCCCAAAGACAGCCUCCUGGACAGCAUGUGCCCGCCGUCUGCAACGCCUGCAGGUCUUGGCUCUGAGCAGGAGUUCCAGAUGUUGCCCAAGUCUCGGCUCAAUACUGUCAGUGUCAAUUACUGUUCCAUCACGCAGGACUUCCCUGGCAGCAACUUGAAUUUGCUCACCAAUGGCUCUGGGAAACCCAAGGACCAUGACUCUCCAGAGAAUGGUACAGACAGCUUCGAGAGCUCCGACUCGCUCCUGAGGUCCUGGAACAGCCAGUCGUCCCUACUAGAUGUGCAGCGGGUACCUUCCUUUGAGAGCUUCGAGGAGGACUGUAGCCAGCCACUGUGCCUCAAUAAACCAACCAUGUCCUUCAAGGACUACAUCCAAGAGAGGAGUGACCCAGUUGAACAAGGCAAACCAGUUAUUCCUGCGGCAGUACUGGCUGGCUUCACCGGAAGCGGACCCAUCCAACUGUGGCAGUUCCUUCUGGAGCUGCUCUCUGACAAAUCCUGUCAAUCUUUUAUCAGCUGGACAGGGGAUGGAUGGGAGUUCAAGCUUGCUGACCCUGACGAGGUGGCCCGCCGGUGGGGAAAGAGGAAAAAUAAACCAAAGAUGAACUACGAGAAGCUGAGCCGGGGUCUACGAUACUACUAUGACAAAAACAUCAUCCACAAGACGUCAGGCAAGCGCUACGUGUACCGAUUUGUGUGUGACCUGCAGAACUUGCUAGGGUUCACUCCUGAGGAACUGCAUGCCAUCCUGGGCGUCCAGCCUGACACAGAAGACUGAGGUCCUUGGGACGACCUUGAGCUGGCCCCGGGCCCGGGGACUGAGUGGGAAGCCUGUCCUGACCCACUGCUCCAAAGACCCUUGGGAGGGCAGGAUGGAACCCCUCUGGGAGCUGCCAAGCAGCAAUGGCCUCCUUUCAUUCCAUGCCUCUUCCACAAGGCCAGUUCCCCAGUGGUGGAAGGUGGCAUGGCCUCUCUGUCCUGACACAAGACCUGGAAGGGAAGGGGCUCUGGGAAGCCACCCCAGCACCGAGCAGGCUGUGUGCUGAUCACAGUCAUUGAGGCUAUUUGAGAUGCGCCAGGGAGCUAGCGUGUGGUGGAUGCACAAACCCUGAAAAACAUUGUUUUUCCUUUGGCCUUUUGCCACCAGGAGUAGCAAAUGCAAAAGCCACCUCUUGAGAGCCAGCUAGGCAGGUGGAGAGCAGCGACUGCUCCAUUUCGGAAGUCAUUUUGUACAUAUUAUUGUAUCUUAUAACGUCAAAAUCCGCCAACCGUUCUAUUUAACAGAAAUUGUAUAUUGUAUUUAAAAGUAAUUAUAACUGUGUUUGAAUCAAGAAUGCAGAUACCUGGUAGAUUUUCUUUUCUUUUUUUUUUUCACUAGCACCUAGGAAUGUCAUUUUACACAGAUUUAAUCUCUCAGGAGCUAACUGAGAGAAAUCGUAAUAUACUGUUUUCAUUUGAUUUUCCAACAGGAAUGGGGUCUGAGGGAUGACCCCUGGUUUUUACUUUUGUUUUUGUUGUUGUUGUUAUUUUAGUUCUGACUUGCUCAUUAUCUGGCCAGGACUUUGUAUAUUGAGGUUUGUUUUUUUUUUUUAUAUAAGAAAUUUAAUGUUAUUAUUUGAGGGUGCCUCGGGCCUCUCCACUUCCUCCUGGACUGUAAAGUAAAAGCUAUAAAGCAGUAUUUUUCUUGACAAAUGGCACAUGUUUUCCACUUCUCUGCAUGCCUUAAGUCGGUUUCUACACAAAUGUAUUUUAUUUUUUGGCGUAACUGUGUUUUCCAGCAACUCCCCCUCCCCCUAGCCAGUCGUUUCCUUCCUUCCUUCGCCCCAAGGUAUUCUGUGUGACUACAAUAAGAAGACUAUUUUUGGAAAUCUAUGCCUCCUUUUCAGAGAUCAGAAGGGAUUUAUGUAGCAGCUAUUUUUACUGCAAAAGUAACUCACUGGAAAAAAAUUGUAAUUUGUACGAAAGCUUUAUUUUUAUCUUAGCUCAUGUAAAGGGAAAUGUGUUGGGCAGGGCUGAGGGUGGUCAGGAGGGAUCGUCCAUCAGCCUUGACCUUAAAUGAAGCAUGGCGCGUCCCAUCUCCCUGACCUGCUGUUUCUUACAUCUGGGCCGCAUGUGCUUCUUUCUGCUCCAUGUCCUCAGAGAGUUGACUCCUCUUAUUUUCUUGGCCUCGGAUACCCAGGAGUACAGACAGGGCAAGCAAGAUGGGAAACGGCGUGGAGCCGCUUGUGUGAUGUUCUUAUCUGGUGAAGAGCUCACCCCACCAUGAGACCCCAAGCUUUCACCCAGUCAUUUGGUUUCAAAAGUGGGCCACAGGGUUUGCCAUUCGCCAGCAGGGUGGCCUCAGGGCCAGCAGGUGACAUCGAUAAAGAGUCAUCAAAUCACGAGACCUCGAAAUGGACACAAGACCAGCUGGGACCUGCUGUGCCAGUCCUGGGAGUCUUAGCCUGCAGAUUGAAUGCUUUGCAGCUGAGCGGAGGCUGCCUUUCAAAUGGGACCUGUGUGUAUAGACACUGGGACAUCUGUCUAUAAUGUAAACAGACAUGGGACCAGGGACAUGUGCCUGUCCAAAGCUUAGCCAACACUUCAGUUUAUAUGCAGUUGAGCCACAUGAAAUUGCCAAGUUUAACCUGAGUUUUGUCAGCCAAGAGAGAAAGCUUUACAUGGUUGAACCUAACAGUUAUGGAAGUCUUUGGCGUGGUCUUGAGUAUAAAGGUUUUGUGAUUUGGCCUUUUCCUCCUCAAAUAAUAAAGUGUUUGGUUUAUGCCAA